GCUCAGCAAGAGACGGGCGCUGAAGUAGAAGAGGUAGAAGCUGAGGACGCCGGCUUAAAUUAGAAGUUAAACUAAAACUAAAUUAAACUAAAUUAAAUUAAAUUAAGCUAGAAGUUGCCGCUGCCUCACCUCUUGUGUGUUCCACUCGGAGCUCGGGCGGAGUGCUUCUCGUUGUCCUUCAAGGUCGCAACGCAGCUGCGAACGCGCCCUGGGACAAGCCCCGUGGACUCGUUCGGUUCUCCGGCCCGGUGUGCCCAAGCUGGAUCCUGCUUGGUGGUUUGGCUGAGUUUUGGCGGUGUUAGCAGCAUCCCUGUCGCGCUGGUGCCCUCGAACGGAGGAUUCAUCCGGCUGAACAACCCACAAGCUGUUCAGGCCGAAUCGCAAUCGAAGAACAGCGUAGCAAUGGCCGGCAUUCCUUGCUUAGCACUGCUGCUCUUACUAAUGCCAGUGGCGCGAUGCGCCAAACGACCACCUCACGUCGUGUUCAUUUUAGCAGACGACCUGGGAUGGGACGACGUCAGUUUUCAUGGGUCCUCUCAGAUCCCCACGCCAAACCUGGAUGCCUUGGCUGCAGACGGCAUCAUACUCAACAACUACUACGCACAGCCAUCCUGCACGCCGUCGAGGUCGGCCCUGCUCACUGGACUUUAUGCCAUACGAACAGGGUUGCAAGGACUCGCGAUUGGCGUAGCCGAUCCAUGGGGUUUACCUUUGGACGUGCGCCUAAUGCCCCAGUAUCUCAGAGACAUCGAAUACGAAACCCACCUCGUUGGAAAGUGGGACGUCGGCUACUACAAGACAAGUCUUACUCCGACAUGCCGGGGCUUCGACAGUUUUUACGGCUAUUACAAUGGAGAAGAGGACUACUACAGGCACAGCACAACCUAUGAAAACCACACGGGUCUCGACUUCUGGCUCAACAUGGAACCAUUGUUCUCUGAAAAUGGUUCAUAUUCCACGACAUUGUACACGAAAAGAGCGCAGUACCUCAUCAGCAACAGGAAUAAGUCAAAGCCGUUCUUUCUCCUGCUGAGUCACCAGUCACCGCACGGCGCCGGAGAGCCUGAACCGCUUCAGGCACCGCAGGAGAACGUGGACAAGUUUCCCUACAUUGGAGAAAAGAACAGAACAAUCUACGCAGGAAUGGUGGACGCGCUGGACCAGUCUGUAGGCGAAGUGUUCAAAGCUCUCAGUGAUGCUGACAUGCUGGACAACACCAUCCUGAUCUUCUCCAGCGACAACGGCGGACAACCUUGGGGUAUCCACACGACCCGUAGCUUCAACUGGCCCCUGCGCGGAUCCAAGGGCACGGUCUGGGAAGGAGGAACCAGAGUCCCUGCUUUCGUCUGGAGUCCCCUCCUGGUGAACACUCGGAGGGUGUCCGACCAACUCAUGCACAUCACGGACUGGGUACCCACGCUGUACUCAAUCGGAGGAGGCGACGUGGCCGCACUAGGAGAACUGGACGGAUUUGAUAUGUGGCGGUACCUGUCUCAAGGAAUAGGCUCGCCUCGAGUCGAAAUGCUCUACAACAUCGACGACCGCUUUUUGAACAACUCAGCUCUGCGAGUGGGCCGUUACAAGUUGGUGCUUGAUGGCACCGGGUUCAUGAACGAAAGGUACGCUCGACCAGGCGGCGGCCGUCCGUACGACGACCUCGAUAAGUUGCUGACUCAGUCGACAGCUGCCAAAGUGCUCAGAGGCUUCUACAAAAGGGACCGGCUGAAGUUUCCUAAGGAUUGGAGAGAAAGAGCAACGUUGAAAUGUGGUAAUCCAGGCAACGGACAGUUUCACCCGAACGACGCGGUCCACCUCUUCGACAUAAUCGAAGAUCCAUGCGAACUGAACAAUGUGGCCAGCUCACAUCCAGAGGUUGUGGAAUUCCUCAGGACGCGCAUCGCCGCCUACCAAGCCGAGGCAAUGCCAGUGCAGUACGAGCCCAAGGAUCCCGCUGGCUUUCCGGAGAACCACAAUGGAACGUGGGCGCCGUGGGUGCAUACAUCGUGCUGAUAGCAUCGAUUGUGUUGUCUUUGCACGCAGCGACGAUUAGCAUAGAUUGAAACGUAUCUCACGGCGUUCUAACGUGCCCGGGACAUUAUUGGAAGAAUUUGCGGACACAAAACAUAUUUCAAACAAUUAACAAAUAACGCCUGUAAAUAACGCUUAGCUUUUGACAGACAGCGUGUGCUCCUAGGAGUUUGUUACAAAAAGCCUGCGACGAAAUCAGCCUUCCCUAUGGUUCUGAGGCGAUCUCUAAAUUAUACGUGAACAAAUCGUGAAAACACGUUUCUUUUCCAA